AUUCUGCCCCAGGUGUCUUCGCAAACAACCUGCGCAGCGUGCUUCUGGUGCUCAUACUUUAUCCAGACUCUGACCUGGUCGCCGGUGCUCGUGGUCCUUGAUCGCCAUGCCAACCCAACUGGAGGGCGCGAUGGAUGCGCUUAUUACCGUUUUUCACAAUUACUCCGGCACAGAGGGGGACAAGUUCAAAUUAAACAAGGGCGAGCUCAAGCAGCUUUUAAACAGUGAGCUCACUGACUUCUUGACGUCACAAAAGGACCCCAUGCUUGUGGAGAAAAUCAUGAAUGACCUGGACUCCAACAAAGACAACGAGGUGGAUUUCAAUGAGUUUGUUGUGCUGGUAGCUGCCCUGACGGUGGCCUGCAAUGACUUCUUUCAAGAGCAAAACAAAAAGAAAGAAGCCCAGGCAUUGGAGCAAGAACAGCAAGAGCUGGCAGGAGUGGAGGAAGUAUGGCAGGUACGUGCAGUAAGAAUUACUCCCACACAGCCAAUGAUUGCUCCUGACUGGCAAAGGCUGAGACAAAACUUGCAUGUAGCCAUUUUGGCAGAAGUCAAGCAGCAGUUUGCUGCAGGGGCCUAUAGUAGGGUGAUCGAAGAGAAGCUAGAAGCUGCUACUCUUUCUCCAUGA